GAACGUAAGACUCACUCAUGUGCUACCACAACAUGGUUCGCGGUUGAAACUUAUUUCUACAAUGAAUGAGCCUGUAGCACUGAAAUAAACUCAGUAAUUCGUUGAGUGGUAUUAGCACUAUAUAUAAACAUAAAACGGACACAGUUGGCUAAACUCCUGGGUAAAAUACACACACGCAGUAAGGAUCCAACGACCAACUAUGGGAAUGUCUAGGAAAUAUUACACAUUUUUGGCAUUGUGUCUUCUCCUAGAUUAUCAUCAUUCGGAGGCUGGGCGUAUCGGCGCCAUAAAUGGCGUGAUGUCAAUAGCCGCCAUUGGGCUAGGAGCCGUAAACCAGGCCACAGGAGGUUGCAUGUAUUACCCAUCUAUAUGUACCCUGAGAGAUGAGUGCAAGGAACUCCACAGUGAGGUUACACAAAAGAAGCCCAGUGUGGAUGAGAAGAAUGAGACGCUCAAUGGACUGAAUGAAUACAAUGCAAAGCUAUGGACUGCUACCAAUGAAGCUAAUAAUAAGAACACCGAACUCGCUACAAUUUUUCAAGCAUUAGAAAAAUAUUCAAUCUCUAUUUCUCGAUUAACGGAUGGAAUUGACCUAACGACGAGUACAAUUGGAGUUCUCCAGUCAGCUGCAGGUGCUAUUAUGCUUGGUGGAAGUCUGGAUAAAUCACUGAGAGAACAAGAGUCCCAGGAAAAGGCUACCUUCAAUAAUGUAGAGGUGCCUUUCUUAAUGCGUACCGUUGCUAAUGGUUUUAAAACAUCUGUAAAGCCUGCUUCAAAGACAGCUAUGACUAGCAGUAGCAGUUUAGGACGAAAGUCCACUGGUAAAGUGGGUACAUUCUUUAAAUCGGCGAAAUGGUCAAAGUUUGGCAAAGUGGGAGGUGCUCUCGCUGGUGGAGUGCUGCUAGGGGUAUCUAUAUACUUCGACGUAUCCGGUGCUAAAGCAAAACGCAACGAACUGAAAACCGCUCGUGAUGCUCUCCGCACAGCUCGGGACGACAUGGUUGCUCUGCUUCCACAGCUCAACACUGCAAUUAACAGCCAGAGUGCUAGCAAGGAAACAGUUGAUCAAGAGUUUGCCAGUGUAAAAGAGAAAUUCAUUUCACUUGGUCAGGUUGGCAGUGCGUAUAGCCGUGAGUUUCUAGAGGUGGCAAGAUUACCCAGUGUCAACAUCGCUAACCCACCACAGAUCACCGAGGUGAUCACCGCAGCAACAGUUAACGUUGAUAACAUAGUAGCAAAACAAGAAACUCUUAAGCAAUACAUCUCGUCAAUACGAAAGAUAUUGGCUGAUGCAAUGGGACUUCUAGAAAACAAUCCUGACAUAAAGAAAAGAGUGACAGCAGUUGGAAAGAUGAAAGAGCUCUUGAUAAACUUUGGAUGUGUCCCAGCAGAAUAUGCAAGUCAAAUGAUGAUCCCAAUUGGGAAAUCAUUUGACGACACACUGACAGACGCUGAUGUGAUGGCAUUGGUUAGAAGAUUUCGCCCAGAUAUCCUCGAUGGAACUUGCGUCAAUCCCGGAAUGUAAAGAAUAACAUGUACCACAAAACUGUACCAUAAAAGCUGUACCAUAAAAGCUGUACCAAAACAGCUGAAUCAAAUGACAUGUACAACUGAGCUACACAACAACUGACGAGCAGAUAUGAUACAGAAAACUUCAAAAUUUGAUUGAUCAUCUGAAACAGACAAAAGUAAUUCAACACAAAGAUGAAAAACUAUAUUGCCUUCACAUUGUGGCAAAUUGACAUUUCAAAUCACCUGACUGCAUGAAUAUUCAUUGUUCAACUUUGUAUUUAAAAAAUUCACAUUGUAAGAUGACAUAACAAUGUGUUGUUUAGUUUUGCUACCCAUUUGAUCGUAUUUACGCACUAUGCCAGACAUAUUUCUUCACACCAACCAGAACCAGGCGAAAUGUUUAUAUCUCAUCUUUAAUCUUCUUUUGGGCUCUUACAACUCUUAUAUUACUGGAAGUAUAGGGUGGGCCAAAAAGGUAACCCAAACAAAUCUUAACUAGAAAAACAG